AUGUCGCAAGCAUCAUCGACGCCAGCGCCAGCAUUGAGGCCUCAGUUUUGUUUCGAUGAAAGGCUGCUCCGAGAUUUUCUACGGCUCUCGAGAUCUACGAUAGAUGACUCUAUCACGCAAAAUCUCAAUGCGCUGGUUACUCCGGCCCGAGAGGGAUUCGAUCCCUCGUCAACUGCGGUGCGCCAAACAGGAUCUGGUGCCGGGAAACAAAUAGAUCCCCGGGCUUGUCAGUCUUUCAAAGACAAUGUGUUAUUUUCCUCGUGGCAAACCAGAUCCGACGUCCUCAAUUACUGCGCCGGAGUGGCUACGAGUCCGGAUCCCGAAGACCCGGAUCUGAUCCUUCGACAGACCGAAUCCGCAAAAGAUCGAGAGCGAGUAGUUGAUGAACGACUAGAUCCAUACUCAGCUCGGUUCUUCCCUCAAGAAGCACGAACUGAAUCGCUUGCCAAUUUGGUCCGGAAUCAACGCAUGGUCGAGGAAAUUAUACGUGCCCGUACAUGGAGUCUGGUGUCUGAAAGGUGCGGCGGUGCUCCGUCACACUGGGAAGACGCUCUCAAUGGCUGGCGAGAAAGGAAGCAGCAAUGA